AUGUCCGCCAAGAGGACAAAGCUGAUUCUCCCGGACGAAAUUUCGUCUGAAGAGGAGGGAACCACGGGCCCUACAACGAUGAUGGAGGGGAACUCGAGCCUCCUCAUGCGAAUUGCGGAGCUGGAGCAUGAAAAGGCUGACAUGGCCCAGCAGUUGGAGCGCCAGUUGGCGCUCAUCAACGAACUACAGCAGCAGAUGGCUGAGAUGAAAGCAGCCAACAUGGCCGCGAAACAGCCGGCCCAUCAAGAACAACAGCAGCAACUACUGAACCAGCAGCGGCAGCAGCAGCAGCAACAACGGAAACAACAGCGACAAGAGCAGCAGCAGCAGCAACGACAGUAG